AUGGAAAAUCCGGCAAGUAAUAUUGAAGGACUUGUUUCAUACCCCAGUUCACAGGUGAUGAUUUGGAGCUGUCAUACUGGGCCAGUAAUACUUGCAUUCACCAAUAAUUACAAAAAGCCAGUGGUGUGGGCGCUAAAAACGAAUGCUAUAAGACGUCUUGCUGCAUUUCCAACUACUGGAAUAAUUCCGCCCUCAGAAACAGUUCAAGUUAACCGCACUUUUUCUUGA